GCAGAUAUGGAUAAGUUACAGUGGGGAAACAAAAAAAGACUUAGGUGUUUUAAGGUGAAAGGUUCAAGUUCAAAUGGCAAAUCUGAUGGAACAAAUCUAAUUGUAAAGAAGAAAAUCACAUCUAGAGUCGUUGAUAAUAAUAACAAUAAGGAAUCUAAUAUUCUUCCUCCUAUGUCUUCUCCACAUCGUAUUAACAGGGAUUUGGGUAUGAAUAGAUCUAACGCCAAUGAGCAUCGUAAGAUAUCAGUGUCAUCCCCCGAGAAGGAGGAUCAGUAUUAUACAAUGAGAGGGUCAGUAGGCGUGGACGAUAGCAGCAAGUUGCUCGUGGAUGCAAGGGAGGAAAAGAAGAAGAUGGUUUGGCCGAAAUUGCUCAUCACAUUGUCAAGUAAAGAAAAAGAAGAAGAUUUUUUGGCUAUGAAAGGUUGCAAGCUUCCUCAAAGACCUAAGAAAAGGGCCAAGUUGAUACAAAGAACCAUUCUUUUGGUGCAACCAGGUACAUGGUUGCAAGAUUUGUGCCAAGAAAGGUAUGAAGUAAGAGAGAAGAAGACCUCUAAGAAGAAACCAAGAGGAUUGAAAGCAAUGGGAAGCAUGGAAAGUGACUCAGAAUGACAUGUUGUGAUGGAUGAAUACAAAGAGAGAAUGAGGAAACAAAGGACAGAUCCAGAGAUAGCCAAGCAAAGAGAGAUUUUGGUGUAUAUGCCAAAACUUGUGUUUAUGUAGGUCUAUUUUCCAAGAAAAGAAUAUUUAUUCCGUAAGUGAGAAAUGUGUGAAAAAGAUUGUAAGGUGGAAUUAAUGGACAUGCUUUAAAAGGAUCAUCUUAAAUUUGUGACAUAAAUGUAAUCUACCUUCCUUGCAUGAUAUUUAUAAAUGUCAUCUCUUAACAUAACAUUAAUGUUAGGAUUUGAAUUUGAGGCCCAA